CUCUCCUCGCCAGCAGCUCUGCUCGGUUCUCGGUUCUCUGCAGUUCUCCGGUAGUUUGUCGGAGUUCGGUCGGUAGUUCGGUUCCCUCCGGCCGUCCGGGCCGCGCUGCUCGUCCUUCCCGGGGUUAAAGUGGGAGUCCGUGCGCGUGCAGCCUCCAGCGGGACGCCGGGCUUCCGGGAGGAGACACCUUGUCCCGGGACGGACGGAGACGCGUUUCCCGGUUGCCGUUGCCGGUUGCAGGUUGCCGGUUGCAUGCCCCCCUGGACCCCCUGCAUGGCCGUUGCAUGACUGCAGUGAGUCUCGCUGCUGGACUGAGCGUGCACGAGCGGCUGGCAUGGCUCAAACUGUGCACGUGAAUGGAGGAGGCCCAGGUCACCAAGGUCACCCAGAAAGAGGACAGACAUGUCCCGGCUCGGACGAGGACAGGGACCCCGAGGCGCCCUACUACGUUGAGACUCCCUACGGUUACCAGCUGGACCUGGACUUCCUCAAGUAUGUGGAUGACAUCGAGAGGGGGAACACCAUCAGGAAGCUGAGCAUCCAGAGGAAGCCCAAAGUGGCGAGACCCUCGGCGGCGCCGCGGAGCAGCACCGGCGGCGGCGCGCAGACUGAAUGGACCUCCACGGACUCCCUGUCCUCCUCCAACAGCGACGACAAGCAGUCCCCGGUCUUCUUCAGCUCCAGGCCCCCGGUCGCCGCCCCGCUCACCCCCACCCUGUCCCGGGCCUCCUCUGAUCCCCCCGUGCACCAGAAUCCCCCGGGCGGCGCCGAGCAGAGGCCGCUGCUGCCGCCGCCGUCGCCCCGCUUCGUCCCCCGGUUCAACCCCCAGGUGGAGAAGACCCUGAUGGAGACCCGGCGCCGCCUGGAGCAGGAGCGCCUGCUGCUGCAGCCGCUUGGCGAGCCGCCGGCGCCGCGGCGCCGCCUGGCCAGCUUCGGCGGGAUGGGCUCCAGCAGCUCCCUGUCCUCCUACUCGGGCUCCGUGGCUCCCGGCGCCCAGCCGCCCCUCCCCCUCAACGGCGCCCUCGCCAACGGAGAGUACAGCCUGUACUACCCCCAGUCGGUGGGCGGCUCGCUGCGCCACAGCCCCCUGAGCUCGGGCGUGGCCACGCCGGCGGCCGUCAGCCCGCUGCAGCUGCAGCAGGUCCGGGACCAGAUGGUGGUGGCGCUGCGGCGGCUGAAGGAGCUGGAGGAGCAGGCCAGGACCAUCCCCAUCCUGCAGGUCAAGAUCGCCGUGCUGCAGGAGGAGAAGAGGCAGCUGGCCGCUCAGUCCAGGAGUCCCGGCCUUGGAGGCUUCCGGAAGCGCUCCUACAGCGUGGGCAGCGCGGACCAGAUGGAGAACCAGGGGCCCGGCCCGAAGGAGCCGGAGCUGCACAUCCUGGAGCCGGAGGCGCCGGAGCAGAGCGCCCGGCGCCUGCAGGAGUUCCGCCGUCUGACCGCCGAGGUCCACGCUCUGGAGAAGACCAGCCAGGAGACCGGUCUGAGCGAGCCCUCGCCUCAGCACCGGGACCAGAACCAGGCCCGGCUGAGGUCCACCGGAACGGUGACGGACGAGAACAUGACCAGCCUUCCCGCCACUGAGAGCAAACCCCAACAGGAGCGCCGUCUGCGGGAUGCAGGGGUCGCCACGGAGCGGCCGGAGACCCGGAGCGCCGCCGUGGGCGUGACGGAGGCCAUGCUGGGCCUGAGCAGCGAGGCGGAGAAGGAGCUGGAGCUGCAGCAGCAGACCGUCGAGGCGCUGAGGGAGACGGUCUACCGGCUGGAGGUGCAGCUGAAGGAGACCACCCACCAGAUGGAGAUGGCGAAGCUGAAGCUGGAGCUCCAGGCCGCCGGCGGCGCCGGCAGGAAGAAGGCAGACAAAGGCCUGAUGGUCCGGCCGGAGACGUACGACGCCGGCGUGGAGGCCCGGGUCCAGACCCACAGCCGGGGCGUCGGGGAACACCUGGAGUUCCGCCACGUCGGGACCGACGGCGCCCCGCAGACCGUCAGCGUGGGCGUGUCCUGCCGGCCCGGCGUGCAGAGCGCCGCCACCGGACCGGCGGUCCCCAUGGACCGCUGGGUGGUGCGAGAGCGGCCGGAAGUGAGGGACCAGUGCGUGGGGGGGCGGGUGGAGACGUGCCAUCGGCAGGUGGGCGUGGAGCCGAGCGUCUGCGAGGCGGGGGUCAACACGGAGGAGGCGGUGGACGGCCUGGACCUCUGCAGACCGGCGCCGGAGCCCAGCAGGGGGUCCCGGUCGGUGGGCUGCGGGGACUGUUCGGUGGACGUCACCGUCGGUCCCGUCAAGACGCUGGUGUCGCAAGGAACCGACCCAGAGCCCACGAGCAAGGCCGACUGUGGAGUGAUGGCGGCCCCCGAGUCGGCGAGCCAACAGACCAACACCGAGACGGAGGUGGUCAGCAGGUCCACCAACACGGCGCCGGCCGUCCUGGUGGACUCCUCCACCGACACGGCGCUGCUCGCCUGCGAUAAGGCCACCGGCACGGCGGCCGCCGAGACCAGGACGGUCGCCGUCGGGGACGGACUCGUUAAAGACAGUCAUGCCGCGGCAAAGAUGCGUUCGAUUGGCGUGGGAACCGUCACGGAGGCGGAGUCGGGCCGCGGAAACGCAAGCUCCGCCAGAACCAAAGAGUGCGGCGUGGGCCCGGUGAGCGUCCACCAGAACUUCCUGAUCGGCUUGAAAACCCGAACCAUAGCGUGCGGUCCGUCCCAGCCGGCGGAGUGGGCGGAGUCGGAGCGGAUGGAGCCUCCCCUGAAGCCCGAGGCGCCGCUGCCCGGCGCCGGCGCCGGGCUGGACCACUACAUCGAGCGGGUGCAGAAGCUGCUGCAGGAGCAGCAGAUGCUGCUGGCGGAGAACUACGGCGAGCUGGCCGAGGCCUUCGGGCAGCCGCAGUCCCAGUUCGGCUCCAUCAACAGCCAGCUGGUCCGCACGCUCUCCUCCAUCAACUCCGUCAUGAGGCACGGCGGCGCCGACGGCGUCCCGGAGCCGCAGGCCGGCGCCACAGAGGCCGCUGGGUGUGUGUGGAGCCAGCGGUCUGAUCCUCCCUCACAGCCGCUGACUGCAGCGGAGCAGAAGAGUCGGAUGGACCAGCAGAUGUCCUCGGCUCUGCACGGGGAGCCGGGCGGUCAGAACACUCUGAAGUCCAUCAUGAAGAAGAAAGAUGGCCGCGCCGACGCCGGCGGCACCAAGAAGAACCUGCAGUUCGUCGGAGUGAACGGAGGAUAUGAGACGACAUCCAGCGACGACUCCAGCUCGGAGGACAGCAGCUCCUCUGAGGAGGAGGAGCAGGAGGAAGAGGAGGAGCAGGAGGAAGAGGAGGAGCAGGAGGAAGAGGAGGAGCAGGGCGGAUGCAGGAAGGUGGAGGAAGACGGCAGCAGGGAGGAGGUGAAGCCAGAAGAGGAGAAGGACGGAGAGGAAAGUCCUGAGAAGCAGGAGGCCAGAGAGAGGUUCGAGCUCAGUGAGAAGAUGUUGGCGUCCUGCAACGUUCUGAAAGUCCACCUGAGUGACCCCAAAGCUGUGAGCAGCAAGGACCUGAGAUCCAGCCUCAACGCGGUGCAGCACGAGUGGUUCCGGGUGUCCAGCCAGAAGACGGCGGCCGCCGCCGCGGUGGGGGACUUCCUGGGGGCCUUCGCCGCCGUGUCCCCCGCCGUGCUGCGUCACGUGGUCAACAUGGCCGACGGCAACGGCAACACGGCGCUGCAUUACAGCGUCUCGCACUCCAACUUCCAGGUGGUGAAGAAGCUGCUGGACGCAGACGUGUGUAACGUGAACCAGCAGAACAAGGCCGGCUACACGCCCAUCAUGCUGGCGGCGCUCGCCGCCGUGGAGACGCCGCGGGACAUGAGCAUCGUGGAGGAGCUGUUCACCAAGGGGGACGUCAACGCCCGGGCCAGCCAGGCCGGCCAGACCGGGCUGAUGCUGGCCGUCAGCCACGGCCGGAUGGACAUGGUGCGCGCCCUGCUGGCUCACGGCGCCGACGUCAACGUCCAGGACGACGAGGGCUCCACGGCGCUGAUGUGCGCCAGCGAGCACGGCCACGUGGAGAUCGUCAAGCUGCUGCUGGCGCAGCCCGGCUGCGACGCCACGCUCAGCGACAGCGAUGAGAGUAACGCCCUGUCCAUCGCUCUGGAAGCAGGACAUAAGGACAUCGCCGUGCUGCUUUACGCACACGUCAACUUCUCCAAAGCCCAGUCUCCGGGAACGCCGCGCCUCGGCAGGAAGACGUCCCCGAGUCCCACCCGGAGGAGCAUGUUCGACUAAACUCCGCCCUCCUCCACCCACAAACCCCCACUGCUGCUAGACAAGGGACUUCCUCCCAAUCAACCAAUGAGAUUCCUGCGUUCGUGUCAGAUGAUGAAUGUAGCGGCUGAAGCACUGGAGCUCUGCUAACCCCAUGUUCUCCCUGCUCCUGCUCUCUGUUGAUCAUUGUAGAGCGCCGAGGCGUGUGGAGUUGUGAUUUCUGGAGGAAUCACUUCCUGAGUGUAAAUAAUCCUGAUUAAUCCGAUUCUCUGGAUGGAGUCGAUCAGCGUCUGGACCUCCGCUUUUAUAUGAAUCCUUUGUAUUUAAACACAAAUCAGUAUUUUGAAUAUUUGCUGUAACGACUUAUUGAUCGGUGAAGUGAUGUAUUUAUCGGAGCCUAGUUUUUCCAGACGGUGGACGUUCUCCGUGUGAUGGACGUUCUCCGUGUGAUGGACGUUCUCCGUGUGGUGGACGUUCUCCUGUGUGGUGGACGUUCUCCGUGUGGUGGACGUUCUCCGUGUGGUGGACGUUCUCCGUGUGGUGGACGUUCUCCCGUGUGGUGGACGUUCUCCGUGUGGUGGACGUUCUCCUGUGUGGUGGACGUUCUCCGUGUGGUGGACGUUCUCCGUGUGGUGGACGUUCUCCCGUGCGGUGGACGUUCUCCGGACGGUUCUCCCACUGCCUCUCUGCUGUAACAUUCAGUAUUCAGAGCUGCUGACUUUCAUCUUCCAGUGAGAAUUGAAGUGCCUGAAUCGUUUUAUGUAACAAACAUUCAUUAAAGACUUUAAAUCCA